AUGAAGACCGCCCAACUUCCGCUGCUGUUUUUGAUUUUGGCCUGCUGUCCGGCCUCGGCGAUGGAUGCGGAAGACCUGAAAGAUUUUCGACGACCCCCGCCGCCGCCGCCGUGCAACCUGAAUCUGGAUAUUUGGGCCAGGACUCGCUACGUGAUGAUGGUGAACAAUGUGACGACAGCUGGGUGGCCCGUCCUGGACUGUAUGAAAAUCCACGACCACUGCCUCUACCACCAACGGGGCCGCCAGUUUUGCGACGGAAAUGCUUGUAGCUGCGCUGAGAGGGCUCUUCUGGUCGCCAACGCGUCGACCGAGGCGAUGGAGGCGUGGGAGAAGCUGGACUGCCUCGGCCAGCUCAGCAGUGAGGUCAAACCUUGCUCGGAACCGCCAGAUAAUUGCGAUCGGAUGUGCCUGAAGCGGAUCGCGUUUCUCGUGUGCCCCUCCACCCUCUUUGUCAGCUUCUUCAUCUUCUGGUGCUUCAAGGAUUUCUGCUGCCGCCGACGCGAGCAUUUCCUCUACCCGACCGCUGUGGCACAGGGUGCUACGCAACCGCCAACCUCGCAGCGAAACCAAGACGUGCAUGACCAGAGCUGGGCCCAAUACAAGUACCUACAAGAGAGCCCGGAACCGCUGGACGCCUGGAAACACGACAUCGACCGCACCCUCCUCCAGCCGCCCGCCCACACCGGCAAA